AUGAAGCUCUCGUCUACAUGGGCCAUUGCCUGUCUGGCGGCCCAGGCUGCUGGUGCAGCCAUUAGCCAUUCAUUGAAUGGUUUAACCAUUACUGAGCAUCCGGAUCCUGUUAAGCGGGAAUUGCUUCAGAAAAUUAUUACUUGGGAUGAUAAGUCUCUUUUUGUCAAUGGGGAGAGAAUUAUGCUCUUUAGUGGCGAGGUGCACCCGUAUCGUCUGCCUGUCCCAUCUUUGUGGAUUGAUAUCUUCCAGAAAGUCAAGGCCCUAGGAUUCAACUGCGUCUCUUUCUAUAUCGAUUGGGCUCUGCUGGAAGGAAAGCCGGGCGAAUACACCGCCGAAGGCAUCUUUGACCUAGAGCCGUUCUUCGAUGCCGCCCAAGAGGCUGGGAUCUAUCUACUCGCCCGCCCUGGUCCAUACAUCAAUGCCGAAGUAUCGGGUGGUGGUUUCCCGGGAUGGAUCCAGCGCGUGAACGGAACCCUGCGAACGAGUGAUGAAGCAUUCCUCAAGGCGACAGAUAACUAUGUCGCCAACGUUGCCGCAACCGUCGCCAAGGGCCAGAUCACGAACGGAGGACCUAUCAUUCUUUACCAGCCUGAGAACGAAUACAGUGGCGCAUGCUGUGGAGUCGACAACUUCCCAGACGGAGCGUAUAUGCAAUAUGUCGAGGACCAGGCCCGCAAUGCUGGAAUCGUGGUGCCUUUCAUUAGCAACGAUGCCUCUCCUGGUGGACACAAUGCUCCUGGAACUGGUGAGGGCGCCGUGGAUAUCUACGGUCAUGAUAACUAUCCUCUUGGCUUUGACUGUGCGAAUCCGUCGACUUGGCCAGAGAAUGGCCUGCCCACUAAUUUCUGGUCUCUCCAUAUGGCGCAGAGUCCAUCCACCCCGUUCUCUCUAGUUGAGUUCCAAGGCGGUGCCUUUGACCCCUGGGGAGGUGUGGGCUUCCCGAAGUGUGCUGCCCUCCUGAACCAUGAGUUCGAGAGAGUAUUCUACAAGAACAACCUCAGCUUCCGGGCUGCAUUCCUCAAUCUCUACAUGAUCUUCGGUGGUACCAACUGGGGCAACCUGGGCCACCCCGGUGGUUAUACAUCCUACGACUACGGCUCCGUAAUCACCGAAUCACGCAAUGUCACCCGCGAGAAGUACAGCGAGCUGAAGCUGAUUGGGAACUUUGCCAGAGUAUCCCCAGCCUAUCUUCUCACAACGCCAGGCAACUUGACCACUUCCAAGUACACAACCUCGUCCGACUUGGCUGUGACUCCUCUGCUCGGAAACAAAGAUACUGCUUCUUCCUUCUUCGUCGUCCGACACUCCGACUACUCGAGCCAGGCGUCUGUCGACUAUAAGCUCAAGGUUCCUACUAGUGCCGGUGAAGUGACAAUCCCCCAGCUUGGCGGGAGCCUGACUCUCAGUGGCCGUGAUUCAAAGAUUCACGUCGUGGACUAUGAUGUUGCGGGUACUAACAUCCUUUACUCAUCCGCUGAGGUGUUCACCUGGACGAAGUCUGAUAACUCGAAGACUCUCGUCUUGUAUGGCGGCCCAGGGGAGCACCACGAAUUGGCUGUCUCUUCCAAGUCGAAGGCUUCUGUCAUUGAAGGAACAUCGUCAAGCAUUACUACGAAGCAGAUUGGAAAGGCGAUUGUCAUCGGCUGGGAUGUCUCAACCACUCGCCGUAUCGUGCAAGUUGACGACCUGAAAAUUAUUCUAUUGGACCGCAACUCUGCGUACAACUACUGGACCCCCCAGGUCGCAACUAAGGGCACAAACCCUGGGUACAGCUCGUACAAAGCCGCGGAGUCAUCCCUCAUCGUCAAGGCCGGCUACCUUGUCCGCACAGCUUCUCUGGAGGGCAGCGACCUUCAUCUCACAGCUGACUUCAACGCCACUACCCCGAUCGAGGUGAUUGGCGCCCCUCCCAAGGCCAAGAACCUGGUCAUCAACGGCAAGAAGGCGCCCGUCAAGGUCGACAAGAACGGAAUCUGGUCCAGCAGCGUCUCUUACACCGCACCGAAAGUCCAGCUCCCGACUCUGAAGGACCUGAAGUGGAAGUCCAUCGACACCCUCCCGGAGAUCCAAAGCUCAUACGAUGAUUCCGCAUGGGUAUCCGCCGACCAACCCUUCACAAAGAACAGCGCCUUCGAACUCAAGACCCCAAACUCCCUCCUCUCCUCCGACUACGGCUUCCACACCGGAACCCUCCUAUACCGAGGCCGCUUCACCGCAACCGGCGACGAGAAGACCAUCUCCCUGCAAACCCAAGGCGGCAGCGCCUUCGGCAGCUCCGUCUGGCUAAACGAGCAACAUAUCGGAUCCUGGGACGGGGUCUCCACAAGCGCCGACCACACUGCAAUUUACACCCUCCCAGACCUGGAAAAGGACAAAACCUACAUCCUGACCGUAGUGGUGGACAACAUGGGCCUCGACGAAAACUGGACCGUCGGCCAAGAAGGCGCCAAGAACCCCCGCGGUAUCCUGGACUACACCCUCUCCGGCCGCGACGCAACCGCCGUCACUUGGAAACUGACCGGAAACCUCGGCGGCGAGGACUACCAGGACAAAGUGCGCGGUCCGCUCAACGAGGGCGGCCUCUACGCCGAGCGUCAGGGCUUCCACCAGCCGCAGGCGCCUACGCAGGACUGGAAGUCUGAGAGUCCGUUUGACGGUCUGUCGGCGCCUGGUAUCAAGUUCUACACUGCCAGCUUUGACUUGGAUAUCGAGAAGGGCUGGGAUGUGCCGUUGUUCUUCAAUUUUGGGAACAGUACCGCGCCGCCGGCGGCUUAUCGGGCUCAGCUUUAUGUUAAUGGCUAUCAGUACGGUAAGUAUGUGAACAAUGUUGGGCCCCAGACGAGCUUCCCGGUCCCUGAGGGGAUUCUCAAUUAUCGGGGGACUAAUUACUUGGCUUUGAGCUUGUGGGCGUUGGAGGAGGGUGCGAAGUUGGAGGAUCUGGAGUUGGCUUAUACUACUCCGGUGUUGACUGCGCUUGGGGAGGUUAAGUCGGUGGAGCAGCCCAAGUAUAAGAAGCGCACAGGGGCUUAUUAG